CAAAUCCCUGAUAAGCCUCAUGAUAUUUUUCCAGCGAAGGUCAUGACUCAACAGAAAAACAUAAACAAGGACGGUAACCUUCAUAUGACCUGUAGCACAUAUGGCAGCAAGAAACUCUCCAGCGUUUAUGUGUAUCUGUGGAAGGACGGCCUCGGAAUCAGUAAAAUGGAGCAGAAGCAAGAACAACACGAUUCCACCUUCACCGUGUACAGAGUUGGUCUUAAUAACAGUGGAAAUUACAGCUGUGUUUUUUCCAAAACUGAUUAUCCUCCUUCUAAAGUAGCAAUGAAAGGACACAACAUCAUCCAGAUCCAGGUUAUAGCCAAUUUCCUCCCUGCAGACAUUUCAGUGGCCGGGGUGUCCACUGUCAGCGAGGGGGAAGACAUAGAAUUCAGAUGUGCUGUUUCUUACGCCCUGCAAACGCUCGAUGACUGUCAGGUCAUCCAGUCUUACCUGAAGAAGAAUGAGAGCAUCCUACAAGUGCAAGCAUUUGAUGUCGCACGGAUGGAGACAACUUUCAUCAUCAAGGACGCCGUCACAAGGGACUCGGGUCACUACAGCUGCAUGGUGCUGCCGUCCAAAUGCAUCCAAGAGCAAGAAAAAACUGGAAAAACCCUCCGUGGAAAUAACACAGUGCUGCUCAAGGUCAAAGGUGAAUCUGUCAACACCUGAUGGAUACAAAAUGCAACAAAAAACAAAAAAUAUUUGUUUUUUAAUAUGAAUUAGUUUUUUCUUUUCAAUAAUGAUGAAGUAAUUUUGUGCCAUAGUAAUGUUUAUGAUGAUUAUUUUCCAGGGAGUUUCUUGCUGCAAUUGACUGUCCUGUGCGGAGUGAUAUCUCUGUCGUUGUUGUUACUGGUGCUCUGUCUGUGGUGCAUCCCUAGGAAACAAAGUCAGAGGAUUAGAAGGAAAUCACCAAGUAAGACUAUAAUGACAAAUAAAAAACAUAUGCACCUGGUCCUAGUUUAUGUAGAUGUACAUUUAAGUCUGUAUAGCUUCUGUAUAGCAGCUGGCUUGUCUCAUCAACACCAUUGUGACUUUGAACAUUCCCAGAAUAUAUGUA